GUGUGUGUCGAUUGGAUUUGGAAAAGAAAGACAGACAUGACGGAUACCAUUUACGAUAGCAUUGAAAAGAUAUGGUCGGGACCGAAGAGCAAGGAAUAUUAUGGACCCGAUAUGACACUGGGCGAGGUGGCAUUACUUAUAUUGAAACUACAUGCGGAUAAAGUGAUGCAGGUCUUUGAUCCAACUGGAGAGAAUCUAACGGGAGCUCAGCUCUAUGAGCAGAGUCGUCUUCUGGCUCAUGCCUUUCAGCAUCUGAAGUUGCAUCGCGGCGAUGUGAUUGGCAUCUCUGCCACAAACACCACUUACCUCACCGAGGUGGUAAUUGCAGCCCUGUUGAAUGGCAUGCCUAUUAACCCACUGCAUCCGGAGUUCGAUAAAGAAACCAUUGCAUAUAUGUAUGAGAUAACCAAGCCAAAGGUCAUUUUCUGCGACGUGGACAACUAUGAGACCUUAGAUGCUGUCAAACAAAGUCUCAAAUUCAAAACGGAACUUAUUCUCCUAACCGGAAGUCUUCCGGGUGUGCGCAAUAUUCAGGAUUUGCUUAAAGACGGCGCUGUUGGCUACGAUCCCAAGACACUCUUUGCCUGCCCGCAUUUGAGCGGUGACGACACCGCCUUUAUUAUCAGCUCCUCGGGGGUAACCGGUUUACCAAAAGGCGUCACGCGCUCGCAUCGCAGUUUAUUGAACAACACCAAAAUCCCGCAGCUGUUCACGGCCAAGACAGUGCUCUUCUGCUUCAGCCCUCUUUAUUGGAUCUCCUGCAUUUUCACGCUCUUCGCCUCGCUGGUCAACGGCUGCAAGCGCGUGAUCACCAAUCGACCCUUUAGUGCCGAGUAUUUUGCCGAGCUGGUGGCACGGCAUGAGGUGAACUUUGUGCUCACCGUGCCACAUCACAUGGCACUGCUCGCCAAGUGCCAAGAGCCAGAAAUUCUACAGAAACUGCAAACGGUGCAGUCUUUUGUCUGCAGUGGUUCCAAGUUGCCGCUGUCGAUUUGGAGGCAACUCUAUGAGCUGCUGGGCAGCGAUAGAUUCGCCGUGCUCUAUGGACUCUCGGAAAUUGGAGGGGUUAGUAAAAAUGUGGGCGGUCCUUUGGGCAGCGAGGGAAAACUCUUGCGUAAUGUGCAAGUACGACUCUUGGAUGAGCUGGGAAAUGCUCUGGGUCCCAAUCAGACUGGUCACAUUCACAUACGCCUGAAUCAACGAUGGGGUGGCUACUAUCGCAAUCCCCAGGACACGCAGACGACCUUGAGCUCCGAUGGAAAAUGGCUGCUCACUGGAGAUCAUGGUUACUUCGAUGACGAGGGCUUUUUGCACUUUCAGACCCGCGACACGGAUGUCUUUCGCUACAAUCACUUUCAGAUCUAUCCCAAACAGAUUGAGGAUGUUAUUCUCCACUUGGCGGGUGUUCAGGAAGCUGCAAUCUUUGGCAUUCCCGAUGACAUAGCCACCAAUCUAAUAGCCUGUGCUGUGGUCCGCGAGCAGAGUGAGCUGGGUAAACAGCUGACGGCGGAGCAAAUCUCUGGCAUUGUCGAGCAGCAUCUGAGUGAGGCUUUUCAUCUGCGAGGUGGGGUUUAUUUUGUGGAUGAGCUGCCCAAGACUCCGAAUAAGAAGAUACAAAGACGCAGAGUUCCCGCUGAACUCAAGAAACAACUCAGUUCUACACAUUUAUAGAGAAAACUUGUAAUAAAAAUAUAUAAAGUCAUAAUU